AUGGCCUCCGCCGUCGAAGGCUCGGGCCCCCAAUUGUCCGACCGGUGGUUUGCUGUCCCGCGACCUAUCCGAAACUUGUUCGACCUGUUUCCCCUCCAGGUCCUCGCCUCGGAAGAGCUCCCCGCGCGAGCCCCCGCAGCUGCGCGCCGACGGGCAGCUCUAUAUGUUUUUGCCGAUGAUGGAGAAGCGGCGCUGGGGAACCCGAGCCAUAACCCUUCAUGCUUGAAGUGGCAGACAGUGCUAAAGAUGGCCGGCAUUGACUUCGAGGUCGUCCCCUCCAACAAUCAUGCCUCACCCUCCGGCGCAUUACCCUUCCUCCUACCACCAUCGUCGCCAUCUCCAAGACCUUCAGCUCCUCUCGCCGGCGAAAAGAUACACAAGUACGCUCGCGAGCACGCUGUCCGCGAGCUUCCUGUAGUCGCCUCCCCCCGCAUCGAAGCCUACCAUGCUCUCCUAACACAACGAAUCCGUCCAGCUUGGCUCUAUGCGCUAUACCUUCUCCCCGCAAACGCGCCCCUUCUUGGCUCCCUCUACCUCCCAUCCUCGAUCUUCCUCCGUACACCUAUCCAUCAUACCCUCCACGCCGCCGCCACAGCAGAGAUUCUCAAGACGACGCGACGGGCAACAAUCUCCAAGUCUCAGCUUUUUGAGGACGCCGCCACCGCGCUACAAGCACUAUCCGCCGUGUUAAACAAGGACGAAUGGUUCUUUGGCGCAGAUGAACCUAGUCUGUUCGACGCCGACGUCUUCGCGUACACAUACCUUAUGGACGCCGAUGCGCUCGCGUGGGAAGACGAUUCACUAAGUAAGUGCUUGGAUGGCUUGGAAAAUCUAAAGAGUCAUCGGAAGAGACUAUAUGAGAGGUGCUGGGGAAAAAAGAGCUCAUAA